UAGAGCUGUAGGCCCUUAUUGUUUCCUGGCUUCCCAUUAUUCCCUCGCUUUCCUUGUCCGUUCGUUUUACCAUUUUUACCAUUACCGUCUUCAUCAUCUUCUGAGACUAUAGGUGUUGCUGUUGCAGUUUUGGGAUGUCGUAUUUCCCUAGUCGACUUUCUUUCUCCUGAUAUUUCCGCAUCCUUGACUACUUCGUGUUCAACUGCCAUGGUCCCAGCUAGUGCACUGCUGGCUGCAGUCACGUCGCUUAUCGUCCCCUUUUCAGACGUGAUACGGCCAUUUUUUACUUCUUCGUGUUCAGCAGCGGUAGCAUUUACCCCGGAAGUACUUGCUUUUCUGAUAUCCUCUGAGAUAGCUUUUUCUACUUCGCCAGCUUUGGCCUCUCUGACUACUGCUGCACUGGUAGCGGCAGGUUGUGCCGCAGCAGUUUCAGCAUUAGCAGAGUCCCUCAAUGAGCCUUGGAGAGAACCUAUUUCACUUCCCAUCACUUCUUGUGCCCUUGCAGCUGUAGGCUCUGCUACAGCAGUGCCUGCUUGA